UCCCUUUUAUAAGUGGGCCGGAAACCCCGUAGUCGGCCACAGUAGCGCCAUUCGUUUUGUCGCCGUACAAUCCAAAAUGGCAGGAGCCGAUGGAGACGAUUCUCUCUACCCUAUCGCCGUUCUCAUUGAUGAGCUGCGGAAUGAAGAUGUUCAGUUGCGACUGAACAGCAUCAAGAAGCUGUCCACUAUUGCACUGGCUCUGGGUGUGGAGCGGACCCGUACUGAACUGCUUCCUUUCCUCACAGACACCAUCUACGACGAAGAUGAGGUGCUUUUGGCUCUGGCUGAGCAGCUUGGUAAUUUUACCAUGUUGGUGGGAGGCCCCGAAUACGUCCACUGUCUCCUGCCUCCUCUGGAAAGCCUGGCCACAGUGGAGGAGACUGUGGUCCGUGACAAAGCAGUGGAGUCCCUGCGCAAGAUCUCCCAGGAGCAUUCUCCGGUAGACCUGGAGGUCCAUUUUGAGCCCUUGGUCAAACGUCUGUCCUGCGGUGACUGGUUCACCUCUCGUACCUCUGCCUGCGGGCUCUUCAGUGUCUGUUAUCCGCGCGUCUCCAGCACGGUCAAGGCGGAGAUUCGCCAGCAUUUCCGCACCUUGUGUUCGGAUGACACUCCCAUGGUCCGUCGCGCCGCUGCUUCAAAAUUGGGCGAGUUUGCCCGAGUGUUGGAGUUGGAUUAUGUUCGAAGCGACAUCAUCUCCCUCUUCACGGCUCUGGCCUCCGACGAGCAGGACUCUGUGCGGCUUCUGGCGGUGGAGGCUUGCGUCAGCAUUGCCACGUUGCUGCCUCAGGAGGACCUGGAGACCCUGGUGAUGCCCACCCUGCGACAGGCCGCCGAGGACAAGUCCUGGAGGGUCCGCUACAUGGUGGCCGACAAGUUCUCCGAGCUUCAAAAAGCAGUGGGUCCCGAAAUCACAAAGAAUGACCUGGUCCCAGCGUUCCAGAACCUUCUCAAGGACUGCGAAGCUGAGGUCCGUGCCGCGGCUGCUAACAAAGUCAAAGAAUUCUGUGAGAACCUCCCAGAGGAUAAUCGUGAGCAGAUCAUCAUGACUCACAUCCUGCCCUGCGUCAAGGAGCUGGUUUCAGACACCAACCAACAUGUCAAGUCAGCACUGGCCUUGGUCAUUAUGGGCCUUUCUGCCAUCCUGGGCAAGGAUAACACAAUAGAGCAUUUACUGCCUCUCUUCCUGGCUCAGCUCAAGGAUGAGUGCCCCGAGGUGCGUCUCAACAUAAUCUCCAACCUGGACUGUGUCAACGAGGUGAUCGGCAUCCGUCAGCUGUCCCAGUCACUCCUGCCGGCCAUUGUGGAGCUGGCCGAGGACGCCAAGUGGAGGGUCCGCCUGGCCAUCAUUGAGUACAUGCCCCUGUUGGCCGGUCAACUGGGUGUGGAGUUCUUUGACGAGAAGCUCAACACUCUUUGUAUGGCCUGGCUCAUUGACCACGUGUACGCCAUCCGCGAGGCCGCCACCUGUAACCUGAUGAAGCUGGUGGAGAGGUUCGGAGCCGAGUGGGCGCAGAACACCAUCGUGCCAAAGGUUCUGGGCAUGGCCAACGACCCCAAUUACCUCCACAGGAUGACGACCCUCUUCUGCAUCAACGCUUUGUCGGAGGCGUGCGGUCAGGAGAUCACCACCAAGCAGAUGCUGCCCGUGGUGCUCAAGAUGUCCAACGACCAGGUGGCCAACGUGCGCUUCAACGUAGCCAAAUCCCUGCAGAAGAUCGGACCCAUCCUGGACGGCAGCACACUGCGGGAUGAAGUCAAGCCGGUGCUGGAGAAGCUGGCCUCUGAUACAGACAUGGAUGUCAAGUACUUUGCCCAGGAGGCCAUCAGUGUCUUGCCCUGGCAUAAGUGAAGCAGCGCAUCUCAACGCAACCCUUUUACAAGAUAUUUAUUGAUGUUCAAGAUCAAUGGCUAACUGUAUAGACCAAUCCGAUAAUUUUGAUUUUCCUCCUUGGGCCCCACAUCGCCUACCCCCAACUUCCCUCGCUGUAAACAGACGCUUCACCGUCAAGUGUCAAUCAAGUGGUGCAUGCUGACUAAUAGUGUUACUCGCUAGUUAAGCGUCUCAGAGCCCCAGCGACCCCUCUCACAUUCCUCCUUUUUACACAUUUUUUUUUUUUGAUUCACAUUGUUUUAACAAACUCAAAAUGUGAUGUUCGACGACAAGUUCAUGUUCUUAUCUUAAAACGCUAAGUUGCCUCACUUCUUGCUCCCCAAAUCCUUGUGCAAGAAUGGCAAAAGUUGACAAAAUCCAAAAGCUCUUUGCCAAAAAAGAUAGCAUGCAAUAUUUUAUCCUACUAAUUGGCGACCCAUUAUAAAAGACCCAGAAUGCAUCUUGACUCCCAAUUUGUCAGUGGUCAUUCUACACAAAACCAUGUUCCGAAAUGGAAACUCACUCCAAGGCUUAAUAUGUUCAUGAAAGGGGAGCACGGUAGGCUUCAAGGAAUAUUCUGGACUUAAAAUGCCUCUUUAGCGUUUUCAAGUGAGGCUUCAAAAGACUUUUUUUUUUUUUUUUUUUUUUUUGAGGGGGGUGUCAGGACCUUUUUGUGCACCAUUUGAUGACCUGUGUGCUUUUAUUGUUCUUUUCAGUGCUUCACACACUUGAUGCUGUUCUACUGUACCUUCAUCUGAAUAAAGUAACAAAGAACA